GGAGGAUGAUGCACCUGGAAGCAAACAUCUUUCUAACAUCUAACAACUAUUUCACAACUCGGUGACAUCUUGAGGUACCUCCAGGUGCCUACAAAUCUCGUGCAUUCCUUACAGCAGUUUCGAAUCUACUGAGCCAUGUUUGUCCUCAGAAAUGUGGGAAAGCUGAUAUUUGGCGAUACUUCGAAAGAAUCUCUCGUCGAAUUACCCCAAGGACAACUCUAUCUUGUCCGCCCACUUUCCCCCAAGGGAUACUCCGAGCUCAUUUUCAAAGACGCGGCGGCGAGAAUUCGUCGGACCAAUCAAGAAUUUCAAUAUCAACUCGUCGUACAACGCGCAUACGAGGAGGGUGAAGAGGAGCUGUUGGACGACGAGGACGGAGAAGACGCCGAGAUUGCUGCCUUGGGCGCUGAACGAGACGAGAAGACAUUCCUCCUCGACGAAGGUUUACAUUUCAGAUCAGAGAUUCGAGAGGGCGGAGAGAAAGUGUUGGCCUGGAGAGACUUGAGCGGGGACGUCGGCGAUCUCUACGAAUUUGUUUGCGACAACUCGAUCGGAAACGCCGAAGUAGAAGCUUUUGAGUUGAUCGCAGUCCAAUGUCAAUACGAACGAAAGCAUAGGAAGGGCCACCAAACCGCGACUGUUGAGGACCUUGCACAAUUUGCUUUUGACAGCGAACAGCCAAUUCCAAGCGCGAGUCCGACUCAUAGUCCCGAAACCUCGUCACCUGUCAACACGAUGCCGCCACCAUCGCGAAACACGGCCAAUUCGGCACUAAAGAGAGAAAGUACCCCGACGAAGCCUCGCAAAGCUUCUGUGAAAGAAGAUGUCCCUACGGAAGCUCCACCUGUUCUCACACAUCCAGUGGCACAUUCUAUUCUUGCCAACGAACUUGCAGAACUCCACCUUUUCGACUUCCAGUCGGGAGCAUUCAUCUUACAAGACUCCAAUGUCACCGCUGUUGUUUCAGAAGUGGGAAAAUGGAAGUACUGGCUUCAAAUUUCGAGUGACGAUAGAGAUUGGCUUGGUCAAGAAGUUAUCGCCGACAUCAAUCCAGUAUUCAACUUCGAAUACUUGUCCUUUAUCUUCAACGCAUACACUCCAAACGGAGAUGCAUAUUCAUGGCUUCUUCGAUUCAAGAAUCAGGAGACCGAGACACGGUUUCAAGAAGGUUUGAUGCAAGCACUUUGGGAGCAGUUGAACGAGAUCAAAUGGAACAAGAGCAAGGAAGAUGAACGCGACUAUGUCCUCGAGGCAUUCCAGGACCUGGCAAUGGAUGAUGCGCCGGAGGAAGAGGAAGAAGAGGAAGUUGAGGAGGAAGUGAUUGAAGAUGACGGACAAAAGAGCGAGCACUACGACAGCGAUGAAGACGAAGAUGAUGUGGUUACCAAAGAUGACGACGGAAAUGUCAACUCGCAAUUAGCAGUGGGCUACAAGCACGAUCGGUCAUUCGUGGUUCGAGGAUCCAAAAUUGGCGUGUUCAAACACACUCCAAACAACAAUCUCGAGUUUUCUACCAAUAUUUCGAAAGUUGAGACACCCAAUGGAAAGCUGUUCAGUCCAAAGAAAGUCAUGCUUCAUGCCGAGGAUACGAACAUGAUUCUACAGAACGAGGCCGACCCGAAUUCGCUUUACCGGAUGGACUUGGAGUAUGGCAAGAUUGUUGAUGAAUGGAAAGUUCACGAUGAUAUCCCCGUGAACACUUUCGCUCCAGAGAGCAAAUUUGCACAAAUGUCUGGUGAACAAACAUUCCUCGGGUUGUCACGAAAUGCACUUUAUCGGAUCGAUCCUCGCCUGGCUGGCAACAAGCUUGUUGAUUCGGAGCUCAAGCAGUACGUAUCGAAGAACGACUUUUCAGCUGCUGCCACCACCGAGAAGGGCUACAUCGCAGUUGCAAGCAAUAAAGGUGAUAUUCGCAUGUUCGACCGACUUGGCAUCAAUGCGAAAACUCACAUUCCCGCUCUUGGUGAGCCAAUCAUUGGUCUCGAUGUCAGCGCGGAUGGUCGCUGGGUUCUUGCUACUUGCCGCACAUAUCUCCUGCUUAUUGAUGCUCUGCAAAAGGACGGCAAGAACGAAGGGAAACUUGGUUUCGAGAAGUCUUUCGGGAAGGACUCGAAGCCACAGCCUCGGCGUCUUGGUCUUACUCCAUCUCACGUGGCACAAUUCCAGCACGAAACCGGAGCGGCAUUAUCCUUCACCCCCGCACGAUUCAACACUGGAGAAGGCUUGUCCGAGACCUCCAUCAUUACUGCGACCGGACCAUUUAUUGUCACAUGGAACAUGAAGAAGGUUCUUCGUGGCAGCAAGGAUCCGUACAGCAUCAAGCGCUAUGCCGAAGAGGUCAAGGCAGACAACUUCAAAUAUGGAAGUGACAAGAACGUCAUUGUCGCUCUGCCAAAUGAAGUCAACAUGGUCGCCAAACAGUCUUUCAAGAAGCCUACCAGAGAGAGCAUCGCCACACCAGUCCGUAUCGGUGGUGGAAGCUUUGGUGGAAGAAGAAGUGAUGCUGGUCGUGUUGGCACCAGAGAAAGUGGCAGAUACAAGCUGGGCAAGGAGGAUGUUGUUAAUUCUCCUUACUGAUUUUAUUGGUCUUUCGAUAAUGACUCUAUCAUGGGGGAUCGUGGGUCUUUGAUGGUGGCGUUCUGGUUUGUGUUACUUCCUGGAGGAAACGGACUGGGUUAGGCAGGGCGACUUUUGUUUACACGCCUGCCUGAGUCGAGCGAAGCGUAACAGUGCAGCUGGACUUGUCAGCUUUUGAUUGCACUAUCAUGUAUGUAGCAAAAAUACCAAUACCCAUACUUUUUUUUUUCCUGUCGAAGAUGAUUCCCUAUCAUUCCUGUGCAGUCAGAACAGGCAGUAGUAAUCAGGAGUUCUCAUAUUACUUCUAAUUAUGGCCAAUAUAUAUAUGUAAUGG